AUGUGUGAUGUAUCCGAUCCUCGUAUUUUAAAUGCAUAUUAUUCUAUUACCGAAGAUGAGCCUACGGAUUGGUUACUUUUAGGCUAUAAAGACUCUAGAAAUGUCAUUACUUUAUAUGCGAGUGGUUGUAAUGGUCUAAGUGAGUUUAGACAACAUCUGACAAAUGAGAUAUUAUUUGGUUUUGUCCGUAUUGAGGAUAAAUUUAUUUUAAUAACCUAUGUACCAGACAGUGUUAGUGGAGUAAGGAGAGCAAGAGCUUUGGUUCAUAGUCGGUCUGUCGCUUCUGUAUGUGAACUCUCUCACGCACAAAUCACUGCUUCUUCUUUAUCUGACUUGAGUGACAGUAACAUUCGUACUCGGCUUAAACUAGGUGAAAACCAAGUGCCCAACAGAACAAGGCCGGCCAAACGUUCCUCUGUUGUGAGCACGACUACCAGAAGACGUAAAUCGGCACAGUCUAUACCCUCUCCUUCUCCGACUCCACCACCUAUUCUUCCUGUACCGGAUAAGAGAGCGUCAUUGAUCAUUAAUACCUCAACAACAACAGAAGAACCAGAGAGUUAUGCUACACCAUCCACACCUACAUCAGUAGCUUCCUUUUCUGAUACAACCACUGUCAUUGACUGUAACAGCAGUAUAUCUUCCUCAAAAGAUUAUUAUGAGCGAAUAAAGGCCGAAGAGGAUGCGGCAUUAGAACUUCAUUUUCAAACACAGUUAUUGAAGAAAAGAGAACUAGAGGAAGCAAGGUUUAAGCAGACACUAAAAGAACAAGAAGAACGAAGAGAGCAACAAAACAAACGAAUUGAAGAAGAAAGGAAUAAGACUCACAUGGAGUUUCAACUAAAGCAGAAACAACUUGCUGAAGAAAGAGAAAAAACUAAUUUACUAAAAAGACCAUCACGAGUAUUUGAUCAUAACAGUAAUAAUAGUAAUAGUAGUAGUAAUGUUGCAUCUACUAUCACCCAUACCAAUAAUAAUAGCAUAAUGAAAAAGGUCAGCAGCCAUGAUGCUAUGAAUAAUACCACCACCAUCACCAAAACCAAUGCCAUAACAACAGAGACUAAAAAAACAGUAGUCUUGAUGAGUGGAUUUGUUUCCGUGCAGACUCGAAAUAGUCCAUUUUGGAGAAGGCGGUAUUUUGAAAUUGAAAGCACUAGCAAAACAAUCAUGUUUUAUAAAGACGAACUUUCUACAAAGACGCCUAUAUCAACCAUUAAUUUGUUACAUGUAACACGACUUGCACCAGCCAAUGAAGAUGAGGAUACCUUUGUACCUAAUUCAUUUGUGAUCGAUACCCAAUCUGACGAUUCCUUUCAAAUAUUAGCAGACGAUAAAAACACAGGAAAGAAGAUACUUUCUACCUUACAAACAUUAAAAUAA